GCAGUGUAACUCCACGUGGAAAGCCAGAAGAUCGUGAAACCUGCCGAAGUAGAAUUCUUCGUAAUAAUGGUUUCUUUUAUAUGUAAUGUAUGUGGUCAAACAGUCCGAAAAGCUCAGGUAGAAAGACACUAUCAGAACGACUGCCGUAAUUGCGAAGUUCUGUCGUGCAUCGACUGCGGGAGGGACUUCCAUGGUGAUGAGUACACUACGCAUACAUCGUGUAUAACUGAGGCAGAGAAGUAUCAAGGAAAGCUCUAUAAACCAAAGGAUAGACAGAAUAAAGGUGAACACAAGCAGCAAGAAUGGCUUAAGGUGAUUAAAAGGAUGACAUUUUUCACAUUAUCAGUAGUCAAUUCUAACGGCGACUGACCAUCCAGUAGAAGUUUUGUCGCUUAUGAUUAGAGUUACACGUGAGCAUUGAAGUAAGCUUAAUGUGGAUCUUCAGUCCAUUAACUUCCGAGAUUUGAUUUUAGAUUGUGCACAUCUUAACUCUACCCUAGAGCUGUUACACAUCUCGUAAAUCAGUCUCGAGAAUCCGGUUUUUGAUCAAGAUAACAAGUUCUACCUGAUAAGUUUGAGUGUUCUCAUUACUAUUUUGCUAAUAAUGCUCGGAUAUGUAUAGGUAAUAAUAUGAUUUCGAGUGCAAUUUGAUGUUAAGAAGCAUGUGUAAAUUUUUUAAAGACAACAAAAUUACAAGUGCUUUUUUUGCAGCAAAUUGCAUGAGAAAUCAUGUUGUUACUUGUUAAUAUACAAUUUUCAUAAAAAAAGGAUCACAGAAAGUCAAGACAGACAAAAUAGUACAAGCUAUUUGUAAUUUGCAUUUGUGCUACAUGAAAAAUGCACUCAUUUUCAGCCAAUCAGACACAUAAUUUUUCAUGUAUGUUAUUAUUUAAGGAAAAGUUACAUUUAAAUCUCAUCUGGGAGUUCAAGGGUUAAACUUUGACCCUUUUUAACCAGAGAACUCAAUGCUUUGUAUCAAUUCUUAUAUUAGGGCAAUUAAGGGUUGUGAUUCUUAAACCUUGACAGAUACAGCCUUUAAUUUGUAAUAUAUGAACUAGAACUUAAAAUUCUUUUUAGGUGUAGAGCUGCAGUACAGCAUGUCUUUUUGCAGUACUUAGACAAUCCCUGUGGUGAUGACUUAACUUAGGACACCUAUGAUAACCUCAAAGAGGAUGAUUUCGCAUAAGUUAUUGUAUCUGAACAGGGAAAUAAUCUUUAGAUUGAUAAUUGAAAAUAGUUUUCCUUUUGCUUUAGUUUUACUGCAGAUUUCCCUUUUGCAUUCUAAAGGAAGUGAUUAACAUUUUUUUUCAUUUUAUCAUACUUUUUUUAUAAUAGUAUUGCACUUGUAUUCCCAAAUUUAAAACUGGAUUCAAGUGUGUUUUAUGGUUUAAUUGUAACCCCAUAAAUUAUGGUUCCUUUGGAGAAUACUUCCAAGCAUCAGUUUGAUUUUUAAACAAUCUGAGAUGAAAAGAAACAUUUCUUUUUCUGUCCUUUUUAUCAGCAAGUGAGAGAGGCAUCAAGAUCCCAAAAGGUGGAUCCACGUUUGUCUAGCCUUCUGGACAGAAUUAGUGAAUAUUCCAAUAUUCCAAGAAAGAAAGUUAAAUUCCAAGUAAGUAAGAUAUACAUAUAUUUGUAAUAAACUUGUAACUAGUAGUUGUACAAAAUGUUAAACUCAUCAAAUAAGUUUUCAUCAUGGCUUAUCACUGAAGAAAAGGGAGAUGAAGUAACCUGAUCAUUUUACUUGGACAAGAAGGUUGACUCUGUUAGGAAACCCUUGGCAAAAUGCUAAUAGACAGAGCUACUUAAGAGACUUCUUGCCACUUCCUUCAAAUGAAACUGGAUAAAGUUCUCGCAGAACUGUGCACUGUCUUUUGUUACUGCAUGUUUUAUUUAUCAUGGGGGGAAAGGCUGAACAUUACUUAAAGUUGUUUCUCUCUCUCUCUUUCUCUCUCUUUUUUUUUUUCUUAAUUUUUUUCAUGUGGUGAUGACCCAGCUAAGGACUCUUAUACAUUAUUUUUCCAAGUUGAUGAUAGAGAGCUAGUCCAGUUUCUCUCUAAGUGUAGUUUUGAUUGUAUUGUCAGAAUUUCUGCAAGAAUAGCAUUGGUGUGCGAGAUGAUGUAACUUUGGACAAGCUGUGGAACCUUUUCUCAGAGAGUACAAAGGUAAGGAGAUUCCAAAAUAGGUUAUGCAGUCACUUUUGUUGCAAGAGUAAUGAUAGGUUAAGCCAUUUCUUUAAUUGACUAAUACUAACCAUCUUUAAUGGUUAGUAUGCAUAACUGGUGAUAAAAAAAGUCUGUGUUUGAGUCAAGACAAGGGUCAUUGAAGUCUGCACUUAGCACGGAUCUUAACUUUUACAGUGCCUCUCUCCAACCAGACACUAACCCUUUAUACCCUAACAUCAGUAUGCAUAUUCUCCAUACUGUUUUUUAUACAUUUCCAAAGGUGUUGACGAGGAGAAUUUGUAUACUGAUCAAAAGCUUUUUUUUCAUUGGUGAUCAUUUCCUUUAUUCUUAUGACCUUAUUGUGUGAUUCAGGGGUGAUAUUGUUGGGGAGAGAAAUUAGAUGCUAGUCAGGAAAUCCUGUUUCAAUUAGAGGGAUAAGGGUUUUCAAAGGGUUAAAUAAGUAUAGGUGCCACUUACCUUCUCUUUUUAACCCUUUAAUUCCCAUGAGUGAUCAAGAUAUAAUUUUUCCCUGUAAUACCAAUACAAUAUCAGGCAGAAAGGAUUAAUGAAGAAAUAUACAAUGGGAGGGUGUUUAUCAAACUGUACAAACUAACAUGUUCAUUGUAACUGUCUGAAAAUGGGCCUGAAAUAAGAUUCAGCUGGUGUGCAAUAUUGCUCAAGACUAUUUGUUUGAAAUGUUUUUUCAAAAAAAUUAAACUUACAAUGUCAGUGAUUUACUUGUAAAGUUUUGUGGGUCAAAGCAUUCAGAGUCAUUAUUGCUUGAAGAUACUGCAGCAGUUAGUGCAACAAGAGCCAUCUUGGCUUUUUGUAUUUCAUUUACCAGAAUUCAAAAGAAGAGGGUGUGACUAGCAGCAAUGGUGUUGUUGACCACGAAAAAAGCAAUGGAUCAUGUUUUCAAAGUAAUGCGGAAGACCAGUGCAAUGGAGAUUCUACAAAACAUACAGUAAAAGAAAAGAAUCAUGAAGUUGAUGAUGGAAAUGUUGAACAGAACUCAAAAGAUAGGAGAGAUAAAAAGACUAAAAAACACAAGGAAAGGAAAAAAUUAAAAGACAUUGACUCUUUUGAAAGUGAGCAGAGAAUAAAGGAAAAGAAAUACAAAAGCGACUCACAUGGGAAUGCAGAAGAGUCAGAUAAACUUGUUGAUACUGAAAAUGAACAGAAAAGAAAAAGAAAAAGAAAUGAAGAGGAAGAUGGUAAAGGUAAGUCUCUGAAAUGAAGCUCCUCAGACUUCAUUUUCUUAUGUUCAUUACUGUAGAACCAAGCCAUCAGAGCAGUGACCUUACAGCAGACUGAGGUAACAUACGUGUAAGGUGGAGCUAAAGAAUCAAUAUGUGAAUGAUAUUUUUUCUGCAGAAAUCUAUCAAAAAGUGGACAACUUAACAAGUGUAGUUUAUUUCAAGGUGUAAAAGGUCAUAUUUCUCUGAUUUCCAAUAGUCUGAUUUUGAUGCAUUUAAUUGCUCUGCUUUUCACUCUUUAACUCCCAUAAGUGAUCAUAAGGGAAUUUCACCUUACAACCAGAUAAGUGCUGAGAAUAAAUUUGGGGAUAAUUAGAUGAUCCAAUACUAAUCUCUCUGAACUAACAUUAUGAGAAUUGUAUGGUUGACAUUAAGGAGAAUGACAAAUUUGAUCUGGGAGUUAAAGGGUUAAGCCUUGAAAUGUCUUACACCAAACCCAAAUGAUAGAAGCAAAGAAUUUAGGGGAGGGGUUGGUGGGUAGAAGUGUGGAGUAAGGUCACUGCUUGAUACAUAUAGCUUUUGCAUGAUUUUUUUAAUAAAAAUUAUGUGUCUGCAUGCCAUGGUAUCCAUUUUGCUCUUACUUCUGUGAUGAUGACUUAACUUAGGACACCUUAUGAAACCUCAAGGUGAUUAAGAAAAAGUUACACCUCUGAGCAGAAAUCAGUAAGAGUUAUUGGUUAUCAGUGCCCCAAAUUUGUUGUGGCAUUAAACAAUUGAAGUGAAUGAAUGAGCAAAGUGGUUUAGCAAGAUGACUGGCAAAUGAGAGUUUUAACUUCUUCAUUGAUGAAAAAAUGCAACAUUUACCAGAGGGUGUGAUCUUCCAGUACAAUUGCAAUGUAUGUUAAUAUUUUGUACAGUAAAUCCACCUAAAAUGUGUAUCAGUAACUUGUAAUGACUAAUAAUAACAACAGAAAACUGUUCAUCAAGUAAGUAGAUUUGGUUUUCAAAUUCAUCUCUUGCUACAUAGAAAUGAGUUUCGUCUGUUGAAUCAAAGAGCGCACUCUCAGUUAGUAUUAACACACAACAUGAACCCAUCCAUGCCACUUUUGAAGCCUAUCAGAAUACAGAAUUUGCCUCAUCUUGCACACCCAUGAUGCCAGCACUAUGGUAUUUAGUACCAACAAUGGAUUGAUGUUAAAACUGAAUGCUUUCCUUAUUUGAUAUUUUUACAUAAAAUGUUUACAUAGGUGAACCUCAACAAUCCAAGAUAUUAAAAAUGGAGAGUGAAGGAAUAAACGGUGAUAAAAGUGAGUGACUACUGGGGGUUCUGUUGGUACAUCUUUGUCUCCUCAUUAAAUUUCCCUCUAUUAUUUCACUACCAACCCACUUCUUGUAAACUUUGUAGUUCUCACUUCUGCAAUGAUGACUUAACUUAGGACACCGAUGAUCACCUCAUAGAGGAUGAUUACAAACAAGUUAAAAUUCUGAGCAGGUUUGAGUGAGACGAAAUCAGAGAAAGGUUGUUAAUAUUCAGUAGAUACCCCAAUUAGUACCCGCAAUCACCUUGUGCCUCCAUUUAUACAAAACUAACUCUAAGCACUAUUCAAACUGCACAUGCCAUCUUUAGGGACACUCUAUUAUU